AAAUUGAAAUUAGAACCUGGCAACAUAAGUGAAGAAUUGUUCAAGAUAGCCAUUUGCCCUAUAACCAAAUUUUACAAAUAUUCGCUUUCCAAAAGUUGUUAUAACAAUAAAAAUUGAUAUCCUUUUAUAGUAUCAAAUAUACAGUAAGUAAAAUCAAACCUAAAACCGGAUUUUGGUUAUAUUGUGUUUUCAUCCAUGUUGAACUAUUGAUAAGUUCUGUGAUUGCGUCAUGUAAACGUAUAGAUGAUUGAUUAGUAAAUUUUGUUGACAGUCUUGAAUCGAUUUACCUCGCUAGGAUAACUCGGAAUAUAAAAGUGUAGGGCACAUAAUGUAUAGUGUAUAAUAUAUACAAAUUGUCGGUUAAUUACCCAAUCUACAAUAUAAUCACUAGACUAGUUUCCUAUAAAAAUAAUAGUGUAAAUAAAUGGAUAUAAUAAAAAACGAAAUCAAAAUGGAAGCAGAAGAGUUCAAUCUGCAGUGGGAAGAAGAAAAGUCUAAUACAGUGGCAAGCGAAGAAGUUAUAUGUGGUAUUGAAAAUGUACAGCAUGAAUCUUAUGGUAAUAUGACUUCUGAAGAAAUAAUAGCACACACAGAUCAAAUGGCAGCAGAGAAUCUGAUGUUUCUGUCUCAAGAUGUAGUUAGCUAUACAGAGAGUGCUGAGUUGGCUGAGGACCCUAAUGUAGAAUGUGUCACAGAGGAAGUCAUCACUGAUGACUGGGUUCUAUCAGGUGGGCAGGAAAGAGUUGAAGUGCCUUUAGAACAUUUAGCAAAUCCUGUUCAAGAUGUUAAAAUUGAAAACGACAUUGAUGUACCACUACCAACAGACCAAGAUGAGUACACAGCAAUGCGGCCGUGGCCGUGCGACUUCUGCUCGCGUCGGUUCCGCAAGAAGGCCGCGCUCAUGAACCACAUGGUGGCGCACCAGAACGACCGGCCGCACGCCUGCAACCUGUGCGGCGUGCGCUACGUGCGCAAGUGCGACCUCAUGAACCACCUCAAGGUGCACGCCAUGGUGCCUGACACGCCCGACAUGAUGGAUUAUGAAGAAAUAGUUGCUCCUCAAGUGCUUAAAACUAAGAAAAAGAGAGGCAGACGGAAAAAGAAUCCAGAACCAGUCGAGAACGGCGUCUGGGAGCACAUGACGUCGGCGCGCACGCAGCAGUGGUCGCGCCGCGGCCGCGAGCCCAACAAGGCGGCGCCCUCGCCCGCGCCCGCGCCGCCCUCCCCGCCGUCACCCUCGCCCUCGCCGCCCGCGCCGCCGCCCACCGACCCCACGCGCCCCUUCGUGUGCCGCCACUGCGGGGUCGGCUUUGCCCGAGAGAAGGCCUUGCAGUCGCAUGCGAGGAUACACGGCGGGGACUCGCCCGUGGAUUGCGGCGAGUGCGGCGAGCUGUGCUGGUCGCGUGAGGCGCUGCGCGCACACCGUGCCUCGCGCCACCCGAACCUGCCGCCUGUCGCGCCGCGAACCGACCUCGUCUACGAGGACAACUCGGGUGACGAUAUGGAGUUCAGGCUGUCCCCGGUAGCGCACAGCGGCAGCGAGCGCGAGCGCGAGCGGGAGCGCGCGGUGGACGUGCGCGGGCCCGAGCUGUUCUGCGGCGACUGCGGCGUGGCCUUCCAGCGCGCAGACCUGCUGCGACGACACGUGGCCGCCGCGCACAGUUACAAGCGGCACGACAGCACGAGCAGCGCGUGGGAGCAGGAGCACACGUGCGACGUGUGCGGCGAGAGCUGCACGGACGCGCUGCAGCUGCUGGCGCAUGCGGAGAGGCACGCGGAGCGGCCGCGCACCAACAACAGGUUGAAGCGAACAGCCCGAGGGCGAAAUAACACGUCGUCGAAUAGUGGUUCUAGACAAUUCCCGUGUAGAGAGUGUGGCAAAGUGUUUGGAUCUCGAAGCUCCCAACAGAUUCACGUCCGUAUUCACACGGGGGAACGCCCGUACGCGUGUCGGUUUUGUUGGAAGGCCUUCGCGGACGGCGGCACACUGCGCAAGCAUGAAAGGAUUCAUACUGGCGAGAAGCCGUACGCGUGCGCGGUGUGUCCGCGCGCGUUCAACCAGCGCGUGGUGCUGCGCGAGCACGUGCGCUCGCACCACUCCGCGCCCGACCGCCGCGCCAACGGUGGUUACCAAUACGUGUGCGUGGUGUGCGGGCGGCCGCUGCACUCGAGCGCGGAGCUGGUGCAGCAUCUCAUUCAGCAUUGCGAUGAGAACACCGCCUUGAAGAGACAACCUCAAAACGGACCGAGAAAGUACAAGCGGCGGCGGAAAAUCAAAACUGAAGAGUCGCCCUCGCCCCUCAACUGGAACCGCGCGUCCCCCUCGCCGGUGCGCACCCCUUCCCCCGCCCCCUCCCCCACCCGCUCGCACUCCCCCUCGCGGACAGAGUCCCGCUCCCCCUCCCUCUCGCCGCGGCCCACUCGCGCCGGUCGUCCCCCCCGCGCGCCGCCCGUCCCCCGCUUGUCCCCGCUGCCGCGGCGGCGGAGGCGGCGAGCGCCCGUUGCGCCCCCGCCGCGCCCCAAGAUGAUACACACCGAGGAACCUCGCUCUAAGGCUAAGCAGGCGCGGAAUCGCAGACCGCCCCGGCACCCCGCAGACGAUCUUAAAGCGAUCGGGCCGCAGUCCCCCUCCCCGCCGCCCGCGGAGCCCACACCCUCUGCGGAACCCGGGGCCUUUAAGUGCGAGAUGUGCUCUAUGGAAUUCCCACGACGAGACGCGCUCCUCCUACACGUGCCCGUACAUAUAUGACGUAAGAGAAACCUACGGCCGCGGCGGGCACCCUAAACACCAUGAGGAGACUUGCGAACUUUGUUGAACCAACCGACGUUUCGCGAUGUUACAUCACUUCCAAUAUUAUAAGUAUCGAAAAGUGCGAGAUUUAUUUGAGUUCCCGCGCUAAUAUGCUUCUCGUGCCGGAUAUGAUGCAAGAGCUACAGAAUAUAAUGUGGCAUGCGCUUAAAGACUUAUGAAAAAAUGCGAAAAGUGCCAACUGCUGGGCAGCGAUUUUAACAUCGCUUCCAAAAUUAUCAAUAUCGAAAAAGUACAAGUGAGUGUGUUCUCGCCCUAAGAUACUUUUGUGCUAGAGAAAACCACAGGCGGGCGUGCGCCCUAAAGAUCGGAAACUUCUGAUAUUUUUUCGUGUCUAGUGGUGUGGCCACACACAUCGCCAGCCCGGCUAGCAAGGGCAGUAGAUCUACUGCCCAUGCUAACCGGGCAGGAGUCAUAUUUGCGUGAUGUGCUUCGAUAUAAGACAUCAAGUAACCUUCGUUUGCUUCGUGCUUAGCUUAUGUGCGAAAUGAUUCAUCGAAAGACUGAAGUCGCUCGCUAACGAUAUACGGAUGGUACUUGCUGGCUCGAUUUUCACCAUUCAGUCAAAAAAUUAGAGGAGUUAUAUAUGACGAACGUUGAAAUUGUGUACUCUUAGGCCAAGAAUAAAUUUAGUGAAAUGUGGUUUUCCGACAGCAAUUCUUGGACAUUGUACGGAAUUUUGCUAGAUUUGUAUCAUGGCUUAGAUGGAACCUCCCAUAUGGGUAGCCUUCGGUUUUAUCAUUCCCAUGUAGCAUUUCGAAUAGGGCUACACCAGUUUUGGCAGCCAAAGAUUAUGUUUCACCCAAUCCUUUGCAACAAAGUGACCUUUAAUCAAAAAUUAAUUUAAAUUUUAAAUAAUUUUUUCAGUAAAUGAUGAGAUUUAAAUCGAAGUAUCUACUACUUACAUAUGGUAUUAUGGAGUCAACUUGAAGAUGUAAAUAUAUCCAUUUUAACAACUGACUCUUACAUGCUCUUGAAUUCUGAUGUAUGAAACAAUUUUGUUGUAAUUACAGGUCACUAGUGUUGCAUUGUAUUGUAAUGAGUGUAAAAUUAUAGGAUACAGUUAUAAUUUUUUACAAUAUGAAUGCAAUUGUAUAAAUAUAUUGUAUAGUGUAUAGGUAUUUUAAUAAUAAAUAUUUACACAAUCCUACACUGAAUAAAAACCACGUUCCGACAUUGAAAUUUUAUUAUUACAUGUAUGUGAAUUAUAUUUGUAUUAUGGUGUAUAAGUACUUGGUAACUUUCAGACUGUAAAUUAGUAUGUAAUUUAUUCAAGCCAGGUGUCAAUUGCUUUAGAUAGAAUUGUAUAUAAAUGUAUUAUAUUAAUUAAUAAAGUCCUUGAAAAUA